GCAUUUCCUUUAAUUAUAAAAAAUAAAAAUUAAGUUUGUGCUCAAUUUUUGUCUCUUUCUGCGCGUAAAUAGUGAAAUUUGAUGAAUGGAGCAAAGGCAAGUGGAAAAGCUGAAAACGCAAACGUCAAUGUCAAACAGAUACGCGGACUAUUGAAGAAAACGUUUCCUUAUCACUACCCGAGGGAGGUGCGCUGUACUCUUGGAUGAAAACUGUUUGCGGCAGAUUUAGUGGUGGAAGCGAAAGUGGCGACAGUAGUAGCGGUAAUAUUGGCAGUCAAUAGAACAGUCAACGCAGUGGAUUCUACGCCUGUGGUUGUGUGCAUUUAAUACAGUGGACACGCAAAGUAUUAAUAAUUGUACGUCAGUUUAGCGACGCUUAUAUACUAGCAAUACGGGUAACAGAGGCUAUAGCGUACUUAGUAAACACUAUACAAAUAUGUACAAACAAACUUGUACGAAUCUGCUGGAGCAGCCGCCGGAGAAGGUCAAGGAAUGGCUGAACGGUUUCGACGCUGUCAUCACCGAUUGCGAUGGUGUGUUAUGGGUUUACAGCAAUGUCAUCGAAGGUGCUGUGGAUACAAUGAAUCGUUUCAAAACGAUUGGUAAAAAGAUAUUCUUUUGUACCAAUAACUCGACUAAAACACGCCAACAGCUGCUUGAGAAAUCGCACAGCAUGGGCUUCGACAUCACAGCCGACGGCAUGAUCUCUUCAGCGCAUUCAACCGCUGCAUACCUGAAGGCGCGCAAUUUCCAGAAGAAAGUGUAUGUGAUAGGCGCCGGCGGUAUAACAGGCGAACUGGAUGCUGUGGGCAUUAAGCAUAGCGAUGUGGGUCCCGAUGUAAUGACCAGCACAUUGGCCGAUUAUCUGGCGACCAGCUUUAGCAAAGAUCCCGAAAUUGGCGCUGUGGUUGUGGGUUUCGAUGAACACUUUAGUUUUUGCAAAAUGAUCAAAGCCGCUUCGUAUUUGGACAAUCCGGAGUGUCUGUUCAUUGCAACAAAUACGGAUGAACGCUUUCCGAUGCCCGGCAUGGUGAUACCCGGUUCGGGUAGUUUUGUGCGCGCAGUGCAGACAUGUGCUGAACGUGAACCUUUUGUAAUUGGCAAACCAAAUCCAAGCAUUUGUGAGUGGUUGAUAAAUGAGGGUACAAUUGAUCCGGCGCGUACACUAAUGAUUGGCGAUCGCUGCAACACCGAUAUACUGUUGGGCUACAAUUGUGGUUUCCAAACGCUGCUUGUCGGCACCGGCAUACACAAGCUGAACGAUGUGGAGGCGUGGAAGCAAUCGGAUGAUCCCGAACAGAAGAAACUAAUACCCGAUGUCUUUUUGCCCAAAUUGGGCGAUUUGCUGCCAUUUAUGUAGUGUUAGUUUUAGACAAUAACAUAAAUAUGAAAUCAAUUCCCACAACAGCCGGUUAUACGUUACCGGCCAAGGGCUGUAAAACAAAAAGAAGAAAACAAUGUAAUAACAAUAGCAAGCACUAAACGAAAGCAAAAACUAAAACCGAAGCAGAAACACACAACAUUGCUACAAAUUUAUAUAUAUAUUAUACUUUACCUUUAUUUGGUAUUAUAAUUAGUAAAUAUUCUUUUAAUAUGACAACAAUUUAGCUAACCUAAACUUAUACGCUAACAAUUUUUAAUACAUUUGCAUGUGUACACCAAAAUAUUUUUUAAUUAUAGUUGUGUAUUGAUGUUAUUUGCAUUGCUGUCCGACAAUGUUCUUUUGUACAAAUGGUGUUAUGAAAGGUCGAGUGUGAAAAAUUGUGAAUAAACUAAAAAGUUAAAUAAUAACAAGA